UGCAGUGAGUGGCAGAUGGUACUCAGCACUACGAGGAUUGGACAAUCCAACGGUAAGUCCGAGUGACAAGGAUACAGUUUGUUAUUUGCGUCGUGCUGUUUGAUUUGGUGAAGACCCAAUAGGUCAGUGAUUGAGUUGUGAGGUCAUUUCUCAGACAGAGAACUAUGUGCACAUUGUUUUUGUGUUUUGUUGCCAUCAGCUGGUUGCUAGGAAACAUAGAUUGUAACUGUGACAGAUACGUGGAUGUGGCUAUCAUUGGAGCGGGCCCCUCGGGCACCUACUCAGCCUACAGAUUACGCAAUCAGAAGUUGACUAUUGAAGUAUUUGAGUACUUGAAUCGUGUGGGGGGCCGCCUGUAUUCUACAACCUUACCUGAUGCUCCAGACUUGCCUAUAGAACUUGGAGGCAUGGUCUUUUUGCCUUCGAUACAUAAACGUGUCUUCAAAGUUGUCAAUGAAAUAGGUCUAGACUACAAAUCUUAUCUCGGUGGUAUUGGUAAUCUUUCAAGCAUUCGCUAUUACCUUAGAGGCAUCAAUCGAAAUUAUGUGGACACCUUUCUAUACACUUAUCAUUUGAGGGAAGAAGAGAAAAAAGCAGAUAAUUUAGUCAAGUAUUUGCUCCAGAAGUUAACAGGUAAUGAUGGGACUAACUUGACACAGGAAACAUUGCUGAAUUUAAAAACCUAUGAUGGCAGAUACCUGUACACAGUUCCGUUCGAUGAAGCUCUCAGCUUGGUAGCCUCAGACGAAGCAAAGAACUUUAUUGUUGAUUCAUCUAUGCUAAGUUCUUUAGUUUGGUUGAAUGGUUCCUUGUACUUAUGGGAGAGUCUCUUACAGGCACGCGACGAAAGAGAAGAUGACAAUAUCAAGACUCCAGUUGAAGGAAUGAAUUCAAUUCCUAAACGUCUGAUAGAAUUGUUUCUAGAAUCAAGCAAAAAACAUACGUUAACGUUGAACAGACGUCUGAUGUCUAUCAACACAACAUCUAUCAACACAACAUCUUCUGAGCUCUACAGAUUGGAAUUUAAACACACACAAACUACGGAUGUUGGGACCACAGAAUUGGAAUCCAAAGAGUUUGUCUGUGCCAAGCAAGUGAUUCUGGCAAUAACAAAGUUUGCUUUAAGUCAGCUAGACUGGCAUCCUUUAAGAGAUUCUCGUGUCCAAGAUGCUAUCCAUGCAGUACGCAAUGUCCAAGCUCAGAAAGUAUUUCUCACUUUUCCUACUGACUGGUGGAUGUCCAAAGCCGCUUAUCCUUCUUUAUCUAUCAUAUCAGAUCGACCUUUCAACUAUUUCGUCUACUGGGGACAGUCUCAAGUCAGCGGUCAUUACGUCACGCUGGCCAGCUAUGUGGAUGAAGAACAGGCCCAUUUCUUACAUGAGCUGAAUGGCCAAGGUCCAGUCAUUAAUGGGUCUACGCCUGGUUUACAUAGAGUCACACAAUGUCUGUUGGACCACUUAUUGGAAGAGCUAGCGAAAGCUUUCAAUAUUGACCGGACGUUAAUCCCAGAACCAAUCUCGUCCAUCUCUCAAUACUGGAGCACUUAUCCUUUUGGAGGUAGUUGGGUUGUUUGGAAAAAUGGCUACCGUUACGAUGACGUCAUUAGCACUGUUCAAAGACCGUCCCUUACUGACAACGUCUUCUAUGUUGGAGCUGACCAUUCAACAGGAGAAAAUCCUGGAUGGACAGAAGGAGCAUUUGAAGCUGCCGACAGAGUCAUUGAGAAAUACUUUCUGUAAGAGAGAGAGAGAGCAACACAUUCAGUGUCAUGUAUUUGGUGUAGGACAUUUGUAGUUUGAAGCUGAAAAUAGUUUAAUGAAAAUGGAAGUGUAAAAUGCGAAACAUGAAAGAAAUAAAAAAAAAUAUUUAAAAAAGUGU